UUCAAAAGGAGAUCAUUUUCUUUCCUUUUCUCUGCUUUUCCUGGAAAAUUUUUUGCAGAAGAAAGAAAAAGAAUGGAGAAGAGAGGAGAAACACCAGAACACCCCGUGAAGGCCUUUGGUUGGGCAGCCACCAAACCAUCUUCCCAUAUCUCCCCUUUCCAUUUCUCCAGAAGGGAAACAGGUGAAGAAGACGUGAGGAUAAAGAUACUGUACUGUGGAGUUUGCCACUCCGAUCUUCACAGCAUCACCAAUGACUGGAAUCUCUUCGUCUUCCCUAUUCUUCCCGGACACGAAGUAUCUGGAGAAGUAACCCAAGUGGGGAACCGGGUCACGAGAUUCAAACCGGGUGAUCGGGUUGGAGUCGGAUGCAUCGUCGGGGCGUGCCACACGUGCGAAGAUUGCUCCCACGGUCUCGAGAACUACUGUCCCAAAAUGAUCCUAUCGUACGGAAUGAUCGACCGUGACGGAACCCUAACGUACGGAGGUUAUUCCGACCACAUGGUCGUCAACGAGCGGUACGUCGUCAGGUUCCCCGACAACAUGCGGCUCGAUGUCGGAGCGCCUUUGUUGUGCGCCGGCGUCACGAUGUACAGUCCGAUGAAGCGGUUAGGGCUGGUCGGACCGGAGAAGCACGUCGGUAUCGUCGGGCUCGGAGGGGUAGGUCAUGUCGGGGGGAAAUUCGCCAAGUCGUUGGUUAAAGUUACUGUGGUAGAGAUCGAUGAAGGGAAGAGAACCGAUGCUUUGGAUAAAUUCGGAGCUGAUUCGUUUAUUCUUAGCAAUGACGAAGAAGCCAUCAAGGUAACUGAUUUUUUUUUUUAAAAUAAAAGUUUUGAAUAAUCGUAAGGUUGCAUGGAAAUG